AUGGCCCUUGCGUCACCAGAAGCCACCAAUCUAAACAUUGCAAAAACUCUGGGAAAAUCCUUAUCAUCAUGCUCCGCCAACAUCCAAAAAUUGCCUCACUUAACAGACUAUCUUCCAAACCUUAAACCACUACCAAACCCUUUGGAGAAAAACCCUUUAUAUCACCCACCAGCGGGCUUUUACAUUAAUCAGUCUGAAGUGGUCCUACGCCACAUCGUCUUAGACCCGUCUGCCGACAGUGAAGCCUUGAGUUCCCCCACACCCCAACUGGCAUACACCAGGGCUGGUCCACGCAGGCAAAUCUUUUUUGAGCCAAAAGAUAUCAAAGCUGCUAUUGUUACAUGUGGGGGACUGUGCCCUGGCAUGAAUACAGUGAUCAGGGAGCUUGUUGUUGGAUUGUGGGAAUUGUAUGAGGUGCGCCAGAUUUAUGGGGUCACAGCAGGUUACAGAGGGUUUUAUUCUAGGGACCCUAUUGAGCUUAAUCCAAAGCUUGUGCAUAAUUGGCACAAAAAAGGUGGUACUGUGCUUGAGACCUCUAGAGGAGGUUUUGAUCUUAAAAAAAUUGUUGAUGCCAUUGAACAUCACGGUUUUAAUCAGGUGUAUAUAAUUGGAGGAGAUGGAACAAUGCGUGGAGCGGUGAAUAUAUUUGAUGAAAUUCGUCAUCGGAAACUGAACAUCGGAGUUGUGGGAAUUCCCAAAACAGUCGACAAUGAUAUAGGCAUCAUUGAUAGAUCAUUUGGAUUUCAGACAGCAGUAGAGAUGGCCCAGCAAGCAAUCAAUGCAGCUCAUAUUGAGGCCGAGAGUGCAGUUAAUGGUAUUGGCCUGGUAAAAUUAAUGGGUCGAAGCACAGGUCACAUAACCCUCCACGCCACAUUGAGCAGCCGUGAUGUGGAUUGCUGUCUAAUUCCUGAAACCUCAUUUUACUUGGAAGGAAAAGGGGGAUUGUUUGAAUUUCUUGAGAAGCGGCUGAAAGAGAAUGGGCAUGCAGUCCUAGUUGUUGCCGAGGGAGCCGGACAGGAUAUGAUACCAAGAACUGAUGCCCAGAAAGAACAGAGGGAUGAGUCCGGCAACCUAGUGUUCUUAGACGUCGGUGCAUGGUUAAAGUCAGAGCUUAAUAAUUGGUGGACUAGAGACCACCCAAAUGAGUUGUUCACAGUGAAGUACAUAGAUCCUACAUACAUGAUCAGAGCAGUCCCUGCUAAUGCUACAGAUAACUUGUAUUGUACCCUUGUGGCACACUCAGCAAUUCACGGUGUUAUGGCAGGAUAUACCGGAUUCGUCUCCGGACCUAUUAACGGCAACUAUGCAUAUAUCCCAGUGGAAGAGGUUGCUCAGGCUAGGAAUGAAGUUGACGUACAGGACCAUAAAUGGGCAUGGGUGAGAUCUGUGACCAAUCAGCCUGAUUUUGUCAAGCCUUAA